ACUUGAGGCAUUGAAAGCGUUUCAUGCGUUGAUACAGUCUAAGCAUUUGUUGGAUAAUUCGAAAUGCACUCAGAUUGCACCGAUUGCAGAGCAGUACGCCGGUUCCUACAAAUUGAACAAAAAAGCUAUGGAGAGAGCAACACAAGAUGAAGCUUUUUUAACCCAACUUAUUGCGAAAGAAACAAAACAACAACAAAUUAAUGAGGUACCAGUAGCACCAGAACAUACAGAUGAAAAUGCUGUCGACAAAAACAAUGCAGACAAGGCAGUAUUUUUGUUAUUGGAAAUGUACCGAGAAAGAGAAGAAGAUUUCUCUACUGGAUUAAAGCGUAGCAAUAAAAUCUGGACUGAAAUUGCUGCUGAGAUGAAAGAGGCGAAUUCUUCAUAUGAAGUGACAGGUCAGCAAUGUGCGUCCAAAAUGUCUGGUUUAAAGCGGACAUAUAAAAAUAUUGCUGAUUUAAAUAAGAAAAGCGGAAAUCAUAAAAAUCGUUGA